GAGUUGCUGAGUUGUGACAUUCGAUCAACGGUGAAGAGUUACGAUUGUAUAUGUGAAACACUGGUAUUUGCCGUUGUACCUAAGGUUAUAUCUGAUUUUGAAGCCUCCUGUCUAAUCGUGAAAACCUCCUGGAUUUGUUGUAAAACCAAGCUACAUUCAUCAAACCUUUUUUUAGCUGUACACACUGUAUGCAUAUGUAUACAUGUAUAGAGCUCUUGUGCAAAUGGCAUUGAUCUGUGACGGAUACUGGUACUACAAAUCAAUAUGAAAGUACAUGUAGUUGUUUUUUUUGGUCAUAUUGAUAUGCCUGUGGUUUUUAUAGGGAACUUGAACAUGAUAACAUGUUGAUGAAUAAGCAUUUAUGAUAUGAUGCUUCCAUUAUCAUAUUACAGUGACAAGGACGGGUGUAAAGUGUGGGACUCAGGAACAGGGAUGUUUGUUCGGACAUAUAAGUCACAACCUUCAUGUCGAGUGUGUAUUAUAGCCAUAUAGGUUGAUGUUCAGUAGUACAAGUAGCUAAACCAUGGGAAAGCCAAUUAAGUUAAGUGGUCUUGAGGCCAAAUUCAACAAGUUGCGGAAAUAUAAACUGAAGUUUCAAGCAAGCUCGUCAGGAAAAGAAAGUUAUAGCCAAGAACAAAGAAAUGAUUCAAAACAGACUUUUGGGAUGUCAUCAUCCAAAUCAGUGGACAAAUUAAACCGAAACUGUAACUUGGACAAUGUUGACAACAGGAAGAGCCUCAAUGUAGACGAACUGAGUAUGAGUCAAAAUCGGAAAGGUGAAAAACAGGAUAUUAAAUGUUCAUCAAUUCCACGCAGUAAGUCAUGUGUGAUGAUAAAAGAUUGUCGUUAUGUAGAAAGCGGAAAAAGGAAGGAGGGACACGUGACAGAGAAAAAGUGUAGAGAUAUAAGUGUUGCUGCCAAUGUCCAGUCAGACAGGAUGAGUGAGGAAGACGGUCAGGAAUGGCUGUACGACUUACUGACCGAGGUCCAGCUAGAGCAGUUCUACACCAAACUAAGGGAUGACCUCCAAGUCACCAGGUUGGCACAUUUUGACUAUGUCAAAGGAGAAGACCUGGAGAAGAUCGGUAUGGGGAAGCCCGCCAUACGUCGCCUUCUGGACACCGUGAAGCGCAAACGAACAACAAGAAAGUCACGCAUCUUGGAAAAGAUUCUGCCAAGUACAAAACUUUCAGAAAAGUCGAAUGGGAGUAACGGCAAGAAAACAUCAGGAUCCCCUGUCAAGUAUACCGGUGACCACACCCUCACUUGUCUCAUCAAUGAGCGGUCACUAGAAAUGACCGUCAAGCUUGGUAAUGGAUCAUUUGGGGUGGUCAGAAAAGGCUCUUGGACAACACCACCUGGCAAUAAGAAGACUGUUGCUGUAAAAAUCCUCAGAAACGAUGCUCUGUCACAGCCAGGCGCCUUUGAGGAUUUCGUCAAGGAAGUGAACGCCAUGCACACGUUAGACCACCCCAACCUCAUACGCCUGUAUGGAAUCUGUCUGUCCAGUCCUCUCAUGAUGGUGACAGAGUUGGCUCCAGGGGGUUCUCUGUUGGACAAGUUGCGUAAGGAGCAGGAAAAACUGUUGAUCAGUACUCUGUGCGAGUAUACCAUUCAGAUUGCCACAGGCAUGAGUUAUUUGGAGUCAAAGAGGUUCAUACAUCGUGACCUUGCCUGUAGGAAUGUGCUUCUGGCAGUAGAAGACAAGAUAAAGAUUGGAGAUUUCGGAUUGAUGAGAGCUCUCCCAAGCCAAGAGGACCAUUAUGUCAUGUCUGAGCAGAAAAAAGUUCCAUUUGCCUGGUGUGCACCAGAGAGUUUGAAAUCUCGCCAGUUCUCCCAUGCUAGUGACACCUGGAUGUUUGGAGUGACUCUCUGGGAGAUGUUUACCUAUGGUCAGGAGCCGUGGAUGGGUUAUAACGGCUCACAGAUUUUACAUAAGAUCGAUGUUGAAGAUGAGAGACUUCCCAAACCUGAACAUUCCCCAACCGACAUUUACCAACUCAUCCUGCAGUGCUGGUCCUAUCAGGCGGAGAGACGACCCACAUUUGUGGCUCUCAAAGAUUUCCUGACCGAGGUGAGACCCCCUGAUAUGAAGGUCACUCAAGCUUUCUGUGAGGUGGGUAAACUGGAGAUUGAAGAAGGAGACUAUGUGACAGUCAUUGAUGGCAGACCAGACUGUUACUGGUGGAGGGGCCAGAACAAGAGGACCAACAAUAUAGGAACAUUCCCGCGCCAGUGUGUGGACCCUCAGAGACGUCUCGCUAGUAACGAUAUCAGCAAGCCACUGAAAAACAGCUUUAUACAUACUGGCCAUGGUGACCCGGGAGGCAAGAACUGGGGGGACCCAGGCAAGAUUGAUGAAGUAUAUCUGAGAAACCCUAUGGAGCCUCCAGACCUGAAUGAGGUUGUCCACGAUGUGCGUCCAACACAGCUUCCUAGCCGCAGCAAAAGACCAUUUACCAACCAGUUCAAGAUGUUCAAUUAUAACAAGCUGGUCAAUGAGGAGACAGGCAGUGCCUUCAAACCGACAGCUGUAGGCAAGGCCACGGCCAUAGUAACGGCCACCGCCAGCAAUCCAACCACACCUGCUGCCCACGGAAACACAUAUCCCAGGAUAUCUAAAAGUGUUCCGACACCAGACGACAAACCAUUAAUUGAUUUGAGUGAUGAAUUGGAGGUUACCGAUUCACAAUUGGGGAUGAAACAGUCGGCACCAAGUACACUAUGUUUGUUUGAUUCCCUUCUCAACAAUAGCGCCUCACAGUAUGGGAAUAUUGAACUUCAGAAACCGUUACUACACGAUGGAACAACACCGUCAGACCCAUUCGAGGUGCAUAAUUCAUUAAAAGUGAUAUUUCCAUCAGGUGUACAGAACUCGUCCGGCAAUGUAAAGGGUACUCAGAGUGUUAACACUUCCUUGAAGGGACCUCACAGCCUUCCAGGCUCGUUGAAGCAUAAUCCUUCUCGACCAGCUAGACAUCCCAUUGUAUAUAGUCGAACACAUUCAACGGAGGAAAAAGUGAAUAACACAAAAAAAGAGGGACAGACACCUGGGGCACCUCCGCCACCUCCAAGGGAGAAUAACUCUGGAUACGAUACGCAACCAAAUACAGUGAAAUACAGCUCACAAAAUGAAAGGUGUAACACUGCUCCUUCGGCUGAGAACAAUGAUAGGACAAAUGUGCAAUCCAACAGUGAAUUUUCGGAAGGUAAGGUGAAAAUUUUAAAGUCACCUUGCCAUAGUGCUUCAGUAUUAUCACAGGGUCAGAAUGUUUCCACGGAAACCAAACAAAUGGGUCAAUUUGAAAAAGGAAGUGUGGGUGAAUGUGAAAAAGAAAGAAGGAGAAACUCGCAGAAGACAGAUCGUGCAUUUGAUUGGUUAAAAGAUGCCAUAAGUAACUUCUCAGUAGCGUCAUCUGACAAACAAUAUGUGGGGGUGCCCCCUAUGUACGAUGACGUUCCAGUGGAAGAAGAACAGUACAAUGUAGUGAAACCAAAACCAUGUUUCGCCGGAAUGGUUUCCAACACAUUCACCCAGAGCUCUGCACCAAGGUAUGAUGAGGUUCCGACUGAAAUAGACAUCUCUGACAUUAAACCACGGGAGCACUAUGCUCCACUGAGUACAUUCUCAGAUACCAUGAGUUGGGAUUCAUUUGACUCUGACUUUGACGAUGACCCUGUGACUGGUCGUCUCGCUGCCUCAGCUCCAGUGGAUGUGAUCAAGACACAGCCCAAACAAGCUGGUCAGGGGGAAGAUGCUCCCCCUCCCCUACCCCCGAGGGAUUACCUGUCCAGUAGCCUGGACACAGGGAAGGGGAACUAUUGUACUAAUAAAGACAAACCUAAGCCAAGGAUAUUUCCCAUGGUGCAGGAUGGGAAACAGCUGAGCCAUACUCAUUAUUUUCUUAUCCCAUCGCGAGAUGAAAAGAAAGACAAUUAUUCCCCGAACACGGCUGAAGUGAAACCAUUCAUGGUUGACGGAUGUCAUGUGGAUAGUUCAGUGCCCUUUAAUAGGUCUUCAUCACGUCAUGACUAUCAAAAUCUCACGGAGGUUGAGAUAAGUGCUAAACGCCAUUCAACUGCAAGUGAUGAUUUAUCCUGGACAGGCGUGACAAGCAUGAAAUCAGCCAACCAAGACACAGAUUCUCGUAAAUUUUCCCCGAAGAGUAAUAAAGUCGGGAAUUAUCCAGGUCCCAAACGUUCUCAGCCACGCUCUAUGCCCUGCCCGAGUUACAAUACAUCGGUGGAUCCAUGCAUGAUGUCCUCCUCACCCCGUGAAAAAGUUUUCCAUGUGAUGAACAGUGUCCUUGGUGUGACAGACGACGAGUGCCAUACGGCCCUGUGUCAUUGCCACUGGGAUAUCGACGAGUCAGUCAGAUAUCUCAAGGUCGAACAGCUCUUCAGACUUGGUGUGACCUCACGUGCGCAUUGUGAGAGUUUACUCAAAGCACUGAAUUGGAAUUUGGAACUGGCAAGUUCUGUAAUGUUAGAUGAACUGAAGUCGGCGGUAUCCAUGGAAUCUACAGUAUGAUUUAAAGUAUUUGUUAAUUCUGUUUUUAUGUGAUUUUGUUGACUACUGUUGAGCCUCUUUGAUCAAGCCACUGUUAAUUAAUCUGGUUAGCAUACUAUCCAGCCAGUGGCUCAGAGAUAGGUUUUGCUCUUACCUCAGGCAGGUUUAUCAACACUUUUCCUGGUGUUAGAUCUCACCCGGCGGUUGAGAUGGGGAUUCCCCCAGUCAAAACAACACGACACAUUGACAUUGCAUUGACAUCAUAUCAACAGUGUAUUGGCCUAGUUAUGUCAACAUUGCAUUCAUGAAAUGGCCAACAGGUUAACAGAAAAAAUCAUUUCUCACAUUGGGAUGAAAUGGGGGAAAUGUCUUAAAUUGCAAAACACUCUGAAAACUUCAAGUAACAAAGAAAUCUUUCUCUUUGGGUUGAGAUUCCCCUAUGUCAUCCUCAAAUAUAUAUAGGUAAAAGAUUCUAUUUCUCUAUCUUCAAAUUGUCCAAGUGAUCUAACCAUUUUACAAUUGAGAUGGGGAAAAUAAGUCAAUGUGGCAGGAUUAAAGAGGCUCAAUCGCACAAUAACAUACCUGUAUACAUCACACAUAUUUACUCCUCAUUAAAAAAGUUUUAUUUUGGCAUUAUUUUCUUGUCGAUCAAUAUUUAUAUAUAAUGUAAUAGUGAGCUAGUGAUAAGCAUAGUUAUAUACUCUAAUCUUCCAGAAACAGAAAUCAUUAUAUUUAAUCAAACACAACACUUUAAUCAUCCCUUCAGAUUUUACCUAUUGUUACCGACUGUUGUCUUUUUCACAUCAUUGUACUGCAUAAGUUGUAUUCAUGUUGCAUUUAGAAAUCAUGUUACUGCAGACAAAGUAGAAUGUUUGUUGAGAAAGAUUGUAUAUUGGAAAGAAAGUUUAUUAAUCGAUAUGAUAAACAGGGGAAUAAUGAAGUAAAAUGUUUCAAAAGAUUAUUAUAAAGGUCACGUAAUUAACUGUUACUUAUAUGUGUAUCACAAAGCUUCACUAGUUAUGGAAAGUAUAACAGCAGUUAGUGGAUAACUUCACUAUUUUUUGUGUUUAAUUGUAUAUUACCUGGUGAAUGUUUCAUUUUUAUCCAAGACUGGAAUAUUUUAUAAAAAUAUCUUGUUGACUCAGUAAAGAUGAAAGUUUUUUUUUUGCAUUGUGGAAAUGUUCUUAUUGACAUUGUGUUAAGACACGUUGAUGAAAAUAAUACCAUUUAUUUGUACCAUAAAUGUAGGAGUGUGAAAAACUUUCUACAGCCAGAAAAUGUCCACUUUUCCUGCAGCAGAUUAAAUUUAGCACUCAUGUAUCCCUUUAACAGCAUCACUGUAAAACUGCUGAAUAUCACUUCAGUGACUUGAGUAUUGGUCGACAUGAUUGAUCUUAUGAUUUAUAAGAAAUCUGGUACGAACCAAGAAACAGAUAACAGAUCAGCAUUCGGCAUUACAAUCUUUUAAUGCAAUAAUAAUUAUUCAUGCUCACAGCAGGUAAUUACCGGGACCCAAGAUGUAUACAUUCGUCUUCCUAAAGGAUUGAAAUUUUAUCUACUUUCAUCAAACGGAACUGAUUCACAAUUGAUACACAUUUAUAAGCAGAUAAAAGAAAUUUGUAACCAAGUAAAAUGUGUGUUUCUAAUGAAAAAAAGUUAACCAUGAGGAUUUUAAUUCAGAUAAGAUGUAACAUUUUAAAGUGUAAAGUCUGGCAAUUCUGGUCGAACGAAUCAAACCAUUCAGAUUGAGAUAAACGAAAUGGCCCAUGCAACAAGAAGAAGGGAGAUAACUCUGUCAUCCUUUUUCUGAUCAGGUUUUUUAACAUGCAUGAUACAAUAUUGUGCCAUGUGGACGAAAUGCAAUUAUUUCUUAAGGUUUUACUUAUUAACAUGUGAAUAUUACUUCUCAAUUUUUUUACUACAUCAUAUAUUAAUUUUUAAAGCUACACAGUAUCAUGUUAUUGUGUACAGUAGUACCUAAUAAUGGUCGUCUGGGGAUAGAAAUUAAACCACCCGACAGCUGGUAGUUCAUCAAAAUCAAACUUUAAAAUGUUUUUGAGUUUCUGUUCUUGUGAAUCUAUUUGAAAGUUAUUGUGAUUUUCAAAAGUGGUGAAAUGUUAAAAACUUGUCAAUAUAUAUACUGCUAUUUAAUGUAAAAAUUUGCAUAGUUUCAUGUUAAGCGUCAUUGACGAAUUGAAGUACAUGUACUAUGCUAAAAAAUAUUUUAAGUAUAUAUAUACUUGCAAACUUAUGUCCUGUCAAAUAUCUUUGGAAAUAUUGGCUCAUACAAUUAAGUGAACAUGAAAUAAAAUUACUGGUAAUCUAUCAAUGUAUUAGUGAGCUGUUUUUUCAAAAUUCCAUAAAUUAAUGAUAAUCAUAUUUUUUGUGAUCUUCAGUACCAGGUCACCUACAUAUCGUGUUUAUUUCUUACUCGAUUUAAUCAAUCAAAUUUACUGCAAAUUUUUUAUUAUUGUUGUUUUGUUUUCAUUAUUUCUGCAAAAAUUAGAUCAAGUUAAAACAUUUGUACAAAUUUGAGAAAUGCUUUAGACGUUCCUUAAGCUUUGUCGUGAUCACAUUGCAACUACGGUCUAAUUUUAACCGUUUCACAAACAUAAAACUGAGAAUAUGAUACCGCCGAUUUUUAUUUUAUGUAUAAAUCAGUGAAAAAUUUCAUCUACAAAACCUUUCUAUGAUAUAUCUGUGUAAAUGAAUAUUUUAAUUAAAUGUAUUUUUAAUUUCUUUUAAAUAAUCAAAAAUGUCGGUGUUGUUUGAAUUGUUCCUGUAGAUGGUUUUGUUUUAUUUAUUUUGAUUCUGAUACUUUGCCUCUGCUAAAGUUGACCCACUCAUCCUUUUAAAUAUCUGUGUCCUGCAAUGCACCAUCUCAUUCCAGAUUUUAAUUUAAUUGAUAUUUGACCUGAACAAAAUGUUUGACCUCACGCUCACUUACUUGUGCAAGAGUGAAAACUGCAAUAAAAUAGAGAAGGGAUAAAGAUACCCAGUUAGCAAUGUAUUUUUCGGUUUAGUAGCUAGGUUGCCAAUUAUAUAUGUAUUGCGAGUAUGUAGUUCACUAGACCCUUACAAGAAAGACUUGGUUUUCUAAAUCAUUAAGUUUGGAAACCAAUAUGUCACAAUGAAAUGAAUGUCCUAUUGUCAAACUGAAAACACUGUUGGGUGGUGCUGUUACAGUCUCGGCUAAUGUGGAAAUUGUUUCAACAUAUCUCCUUCUAUCACCCCUCACUUGAGAAAGGUCUGUAUUAACCAUCAUCAGGCAUAAACAAUAUUUUAAAAUAUGUUAAAAUAUAAAAACUCAGGAACAGAAAAUUGCAAAAAAGUUUUGAAAGAGGUCAUUUUUUUUUUAUAUUGAUAGAAAUUAAUUACUGACAAUCUCUUAGAAUUUUUUUUACGCGUAUCAGUGGUAGAAUAUUUAGACCUUUAAUGCUUUAAUAGACUUCAGCAUGCAUAAAGUGUUUUGUCUGUGAUAAAUACAUUGGGUAGCCUGCAAUGGAACAUGAUAUUAUUAGAAGAAUUUAUGUUUGAUCACAUGAUAUAAAACAAAGUUACAGUACAUGUGAUUACAAAAUUAAAAAAAUAAAUAAACAGAAACUGCCCUCUCCAUUUGUAUCCAAGAUAUAUUUUCGGAGUAUAAAACAAAUUUAAACAUAAUCUAAGAUGUCAUUUAGUGUGAAUCAAUGAUAUGUUUGCUUAAUGAUAAUUACUUUAAAGCUCCUAUUACAGAUUGUAUCAGAUUAACCGAUGAUCACUAAUGAUUGUUAUCAAUGACUUGUAUUUGUAACUUAUAUAUAACAAGGUGUUUUAUAUAUGAUAGAUCUAUAUGUAGUGAACUGAAUUCAGUCAUGUGAAACUUCACCAACUUGAAAUGCAUAAUUUUAAUCAAUUCAAUUUUUGCUUAUUACAUUGUAUUAUAUAUUACCCCAGGGACCUAAGAAUUGGCUACAGUUUAUGUAUGGUGGUUUUGGCCUGUCUUGAUGUGUAAGGAAUCUUAUUAGACAUUUUAGGGGUUCAGAGCAACACUCUGAAGAUGUCGCUCCAUUGAUGGUAAAUGCAUUUUAAACAAGUGUUGAUCUAAACCCCAGAAACGUUAAGUACUACUUACCACACAUCAGGAAAGGUCAAAACUUGUGUGCUGUAAAUAAUUCUCAGGUCCCUGUGUGUAUUGAAACUUAAAAAAAAAAAGUCUUGGAAUUCAGUGUUAUGAUGAUAACUACUGUUAUCACCAUGCAUUUGGUAAAUUAUGUACACACAUAUACUCUGUUUGUGUAAUCAUAUAAAAAGAAAAUUGAAUUUGAAUUUUUUUCUCAAAGAUUUAUGCUACUGUAUGAUGACAUAAUGUACCUCCUUUCAAAAAUAACUUCCAUGCCAAGAAUCCUGUGAAAUACUUUUUUAUGAUUUUUUUCUUUCACUUUUGAAAUUAACUGUACAGGCAAUGGAAAGUUACAAGGGAGAUAACUCUAACACAUAUCAUAAUUUGUAAGCUGGAGGUAUUAUAUAUCCUAAACAUGCCAUAAGGCUAAUGAAGUUUGAACAAGUAGGUGCAACUGUUAUGUUAGAUGUUGGCCAGUGUUAACUGUGAGCUUUAGUCCGUCCUAUAGAAUAUCAAAAACUUGUUAAAAUGUUCGCAAUUAAUCUGUAUGUUAUUGUUAUACUCACCUGUGAUUAAGCCAACCUCCUUGGUUAACCGCUUCUAUACGAGAAUGGUUACCUGAAAGAAAUUUGUCAUUAACUGUGAAUACAGUUUACAGUUUUCCAGGGAGUAAGUAUAGGUCAUGUACUCAAGUUAAGUGAAUGUUUUCAAUGAUUAUUGUCCUACUGAUUCAAUUAUAUACAAUCAACCCAUGUUCUGAUUAGUCAGAAUUCUAUUUUACGUGUUUACAGUCGGGGGAAAUCCACUUCGGAUUUUGAGAUUUGCAGGUGUUCAUGCAUAUAUAUCGAUAGAUCUACUAAUGGGGCAGUUAAACCAAGAAGUACAUCUGUAAACUCAAAACACAGAAGGAUGAUUGUAUCUACAAUCUAUAUUCCUUUAUCAUCACACUUUAGGAUACUGGCUUUGAUCAUUAGUUUUGGCUUUUUCCUAUUUGUUGAGGGGUUAAUCCUGUUUAGAUUUCUAUAUUCUCUGAUAUUCACAAUUUUAAGUAAUGUUCAGUAACGUUUCACCGAGUAAUUGCAAUUGUAUUUCCAGUCAGUUUUGACUUAUUGUAACAUUUUUCCAUCUUAUUAUGCAAAUAUUUCCACAUUACAAAUAAAAUACCUUUCCACAUCAGGAAGCAUCAGUUGAACUUAUGCCCGAUUCAAACAGAUUUGGAUGACCAUGCAAUACUUAUUGUUAUUAAAAACAAUAAAGUUAUCAAAUCAAAUUUUGAUAGAUUUCUGACUUAAAAACUUUUAUAUUUUAAAGUGACCAAUUAAGUUUUUGGUUAACUUUACCAAGACUAAGCAAUCAAUUAGUUUUCUACUGACUACAAGAUUUAACCACGCACAUCUACAUGUUAACCCUUUCACCCCAAGGUAACUUUAGUACACUCUAGCAUGCAUUGAUCUGGAUGAGUCCAUUAUAGUCUACAGUGGUGAAAGGGUUAAAAGGGUUUUGAUCUUUGUGCAUUGAUGUAAAUGCAGUGAAUAGACAAGUUAAUUUGCUUUAUGAUCAUAAAUAAUAAUCAUUGUUAGAAUAUAACAAAUGUUAAAUCAAGUAUUAUUAUGUAAUCAACAAUGUGACACUUUAUAUAUCGAAUUUGUGUGAACUUUUUAUUUUGAGAUUAUAUGAUACAUCACAUUUGAUGCACCAUGCAAAUUUAUCAUUAAGGUUGUUCGACAUUGUCAUAUUGUCAGUUGAAACUUUAUAUAUCUUGGCAUCAGAAGUUAACAAUUGAUAACUUCAUAUUAACCAUUGAUACCUUGAUGCUCAUUGUUAUCACCUGGCGAAAUAAUUACAUAUGUAUGUUUGUGGUAUCCCAACCAACCCUAGUUUACACACACACACACUCCCACUCUCUGUCUGUCUGUCUCUCUCUCCCCUAUUAUUUUCAGUGAAGUUACCUGAAACAUACAUCUUUAUUUUUUUGGCCAUGACAACAUAUAAUGUCAUCACUCGACAACCCUGUCAUCACUCGACAACCCUGUCAUUACUUAGCAACUGCCAUUACUUGAUGACUUGUUAUUCCUUGACAACCCGAUGUCAGCCAUUUGAAACUCAUUGUUAUCCCUUAGCAACCAGAUGUUGUCACUUGACAACUUGUCAUCUUUUACAUAUUCAUGUCAUCCACUCAGUGUUAUCUCAUUACAACCUGAUAUCAUCUCGACAACUUGUUGUCAGUCAUAUACAACUAAUUGGUAACCCAUGACAACUUGUUGUCAGCCAUAUACAACUAAUUGGUAUCCCAUGACAACUUGUUGUUAGCCAUAUACAACUAAUUGGUAACCCAUGACAACUUGUUGUCAGCCAUAUACAACUGAUUGGUACCCCAUGACAACUUGUUGUCAACCUUAUACAACUAAUUGGUACCCCAUGACAACUUGUUGUCAACCUUACACAACUAAUUGGUAUCCCAUGACAACUUGUUGUCAACCUUAUACAACUAUUUGGUACCCCAUGACAACUUGUUGUCAGCCUUAUACAACUAAUUGGUACCCCAUGACAACUUGAUGUUCUCCUUAAUCAUUUGUUUGUAGUUGGAUGACUAUCAGAGUAACAAGACACGUGACAACCAUGUAUGUUAAUGUUGCCUUUUGUUCCUUGAUAGUGUGGAACCAGAAAAGGGAGACAACUCUUCACUGUGUAUUGUUAUGUGUUGCUUCACCCUGCGCCUUAUAAUUUGUAUCACAGAGAGGAAAGAUAUAUUGGAAUCAUGUUUAUGUUAUGAGCUACGAGAGUAAAUUUAUUUCACCGCCGGAGCGUGUGUCAUGUUGCUGAUAUUUUGUGUACCUGUUGCCAUAUUGACUUUCCUCUUGUUAUAGCUACGACGUUGUAUGAACCCCAAGUCAGUCAAACAAAUAAAUAUCUAAAAAUGA